UUCAUAUUUUGGUAAAACAUCAGGAAGUGUCGAAGAAGGCGACGACUGAAACCCGACAGGUUGAAGUUUUUCUUACAAGUUAAGCUUUAUUUAACUGCCUUUUUACAAAGUCUCUGUAAAUAUUUUAUCCUUUAACUGUUGGAUUCACGAAGAGUCGCCUCAAAAUGUCGUCAAUGGAAAAAAAUCUCUUCAACCUGAAGAUGGCCGCCAAAGAUCUCCAAAGAAAUGCAACGAAAUGUGACAAACAGGAAAAAGCCGAGAAGGCAAAAGUCAAGAAAGCCAUCCAGAAGGGGAAUAUGGAAGUGGCGAGAAUCCAUGCAGAGAACGCCAUCAGACAGAAGAACCAAUCUGUGAACUUCCUGAGGAUGAGCGCUCGCGUUGAUGCAGUAUCAGCAAGGGUCCAAACUGCAGUCACAAUGAACCAGGUCACGAAAUCUAUGGCUGGAGUGGUGAAAGGAAUGGAUUCUGUCCUGAAGAGUAUGAAUCUGGAAAAGAUUACGGCUCUUAUGGAUAAAUUUGAGCACCAGUUUGAAACUCUGGAUGUUCAGACAGCCCAGAUGGAGGACACCAUGAGCAGCACGACAACACUCACAACACCACAGAACCAAGUGGACUCAUUGAUGCAUGAAUUGGCUGAUGAAGCAGGAUUGGACUUGAACAUGGAGCUCCCUCAGGGACAGACUGGAUCAGUGGGUACCAGCGUGGCCUCCGCAGAACAGGAUGAACUAUCCCAAAGGCUUGCCAAACUUAGAGAUCAAGUGUAAACAACAACUGCUGAGGACUUGCACCUUAACGCAGAGCUCUGGAGUGCUCUCACACUACCUGGAUAUUACUCCUAAACAUUGUUUAUUUACAUCAGGUCUUUCCUCCUCUUUACAUCUCAUGUGUCUCUGCUUCUAUUGUGGCCUCUGUUUCUUCUGUGUUCAUUAUUAUCAUUCAGUACCUUUCUUCAAGCUAACGCAGAUGGUGGUGAUGGAAACAAA